AUGGAAUCGUCAACAGAGGAUGCCAAAGAAAGCGACAGCUUUGAUUGGUACCUCUCUCGUUGUUUCCACAACGAGUACAAAACUAUACCGAUACGGAGCGUUCGUCUUCAAUUGGGCCGUGGCGAUGAUAAUGACUUUCAGUUUAGCCCAAAAACAUAUCAUUAUUUGUCAAGGAAUCAUUGCAUCUUGCAGAUUAUUGAUGGAAAGCCUACCAUCACCGAUUGUGAUUCGCAGCGAGGAACGUUCGUUAACAGUACGCGUCUGGACAAGUCCUCUUCCGGUCCAACUGAACUAAAGGAAGGGGACCGUGUUGGUAUCGGGCAUAAGAAUGAUGAAAUACAACAAUAUUUCAAAUUCCAUUCGAAUAUACUGAAGUACAGAGUAUGUCGCAAGAUUCCAGACGAAGAAGCAAUAAUCAUCUCCGAUGGGGAAAUAGAUGCUGAGAACAGUCCUACAAUAUUGCCUAUCAUUACGGAAACGACGUCUUCAGAAUCUCUGAACCAAACACAAACUUCGUGUCAAUCGAACGAAAUCAAAAUAUGCAUGCCAAAAGCAGCGUCACCGGUUCCGGGACCUUCUGGUUUGAAGGCGACGGAAUGCGUCUCGAUCCCGGUGGAGUUACUGAGGAAAUCGAGCUUUGAAGAGGAGUAUGACAUGUGCAUGACUCGAUUGAAUGAGGAUAAGGUCGAAUCGGAUGCAGAGCCGUGCUCGUCUAAAUUUAAUGAUAGCGAGAUUAUAAUCCUUUCGGACGAUGAAGAUGAGUAUGCGGAUCUGCAUCACACGCAGCUGGUACUUGAAGAAGUAAAAAAAGAAUUAGCGGAUAUGCAAAAUCAGAACAUUUGCCAUAAUGUAUGUGACGAUACGAAUGACAAGUGGACGUCAAUGUUGAAAAUGGAUAUCGACGCAACACAACGCUACAAAGAAAAGCCCAAAGAGUACAAGGUUAAAACUGAUUCCCUUAAAAAGGGAAAAACUGAGAACAAAAGCAGCUCCUCGAAGAAGGAACGGGUUGAAACCACCACCACAAAAUCAAACGAUAAAAAGCAAGAGCACAAGUCUGUGAAACACUCAACUGGUAAAGAAAACACGAAACAAUCCACCGAGACGAAGGAUAAAAAAUCCCACAAUGGUUCUUUGAAAAUGUCCUUUAAACGUAGCACGAAGGAUUGGGUUAUAGCAAAUGAAACGAAUGAGGAAGCGAAAAAGUUGCGUAAAUCUGUUGACUCAUCAGCGACCAGCGAUGAAGCUGAAGAUGGGGAGAAAGGGCAAAAUACGGACGAAACGGUCAAGCUCAAAAGUAAAACUCCAGUUGUGCAAGAGCCAUCGAAAAAUAUUCGACAACGACGCCAUUCGGUUGCGGACUGGGCUGAGCUUCAGGCUAGAAAACCCCAUGGGGUAAUUGAAAUCGUUCCACCGGCUGGCUUCAUGCACCGAUCUCCUGUCUGGAUGACAAGUUCCAGUACCGACCCGAAGCUUGCCGGCUCCGAUCCGAAGCCAACCACAACGGCUGAUGCAUCGCAAACCAAUGGUAAACCCGGCUUAAAACGUCGUGGUUCGAUUGCCUCGCCAGAGGAAAUGCAGGCACUUUUCCAGAAGAAAUUUAAACCACGUCCAAAUGUUCCGGACAAAAUAUUUGAGUUUCAUCGUAUAAGUGCUGCAGAAAAGGAGCAAAAGGAGCAGCGUAAAAAUCGAUUGAUGGAAGUGAAUAAGAAAAAUCAACAAAAAAUCACACCAGCGAGUGAUGGUCCAUCCGUGGCAACAAAAAAAACGAGUUCGACUAAGCCAAAGGUAAAGUUUACUCCAAACAAUCGUGGAAUGUUUCUUACCGCUCCUAUUCCGGCGCCACCUUCGCGCGCCGCAUCCACGUCGCGUCCAACAUCGACCGAGGAAAGCAUCAUGUGUACGCAAUCGACCACAUUGGACCAGAUACCGAAUGUGGACAGUGCGGAACAGGUGAACGAUACGCGUCCGAAGAAGCUUACGUUCGAAAGUAUGGCACGCGUGAGCAACGUCGACCGGCCGGUUCCGAUCCGAAGUGAAUUAAGGAAGAUAACUGACCGCCGGUAUUCGGUAAUAGAGCCACCGACGUAUUUAAAUCCACAGCCACAUGCGAGCGCAAAGGGUAACCUUAUCGCAAUAAACCAAAACAACACUGCUACUGGUUCGCAAAGCUUCGCAGCGAAAACAGUGCAAACAACUAGCAACAGCACAACGAGUUCAAACGCUACUCACGCUUCCCGCGUUGCAGCUCCGUACGUGUCAUUGGUACAAAAACUUCCACUAAAAAGCAUACUCAAAAUAUAUACUCCCAAAAAUAGAGACGAAAGCUCCACGCGAAAACGCGUGACAAUCAUGGAGAAUUUAAACAAGAUGAAUUUGAUUGAAAAAUAUAUUGUUCCUUCACCGAUUGCAGUUCAAGAACAUGUUUUGUCCCACGAGCAGGAACUGCUUGCUGAAAUAUUCAAAUGGUAUCCACAAUGGUUGAUCGCUCAGCAAACGAAAUCGCCACGCAACGUACCAUUUGCCAAUGAGGAAAAAAUGAUGCCAAAUUUGGAAGAUUACGAAGAUUUUGAGUGCUUUAGGAAGCUUCACACUCCGUUCCUAAUACGCGAACUUUGGAAUGAAGUUAGCGCGGAUGCUAAAUCAAUGCCACUUACCUUGGUCGCAAGUAUAAUCGAUUACCGUCGCCCAAAGUGUAAUGCUCUGUGCGAAAUUGAAUGUGAAGUUUCCAUCAGUACCAGUGAAAUGCAACAGUCGGCAUCAUACGAUUUCGGCAUCAUGGAGUACCAGAUAUCGCCGCAGCAAAAACGUAGUUGGUUUUUUUACAAUCACACGCAAGUGCCAUUACAGUACGCAGCGAAUGUUCAGGAUAAGAGUGGUUCACACUCAACAAGAGCAAAGAAGUACAUUUUGUAUGCGCCAUGUGUCGUGCGAAGCCAACUGGAGCCAGGUCAAACGUUCGUCCUGCGUCCAUUCACAAGAAUCCUUUUGAGUUUGCGACGCGCAAAUGCAUUGGCUACACUGAAAUUUUCACCGUUGCUGUGCAAUAUUCUGACGCCUUCCUUUAACGUGACAAACAUCCUAACGGUUACCAGGCGGACAAAAGCGAAUUCAGUUGUGAAAAACUGUGCACCGAAAAUGGAACCGGGUACACUCAAUUCGGGCCAGAUGAAUGUUCUGUCAUCGGUGUUGGCUGAAUGUUUUUAUACGGAGCUGCCUACCAUUUCCAUCAUACAGGGACCACCGGGCACAGGCAAGUCCCGAGUUAUCAGUCACUUGAUUUUGCAACUAAUGCAUAUAGCUCGCUCAAAUGGCACUAAAAUGAAGGUGCUGAUGUGUGCUGCUUCGAAUACGGCGGUAGAUGUUAUAGUGAAAAAAUUAUUGAGGUUUAAGGAAAGUACAGCUCAUACAAGAAACUUAAAGGUAGUACGGACGGGAUUAAAAACCAAAGUCGACCUGUCCUGCAUGCAAGUGUUCAUCGAUAAGCUGAUUCAAGACAAAAUCAGUUUGGAAUAUGGGCAUGAUCGGCUCAGAAAUACCACUGCCACCGAAAUAAAACCGCCCCGAACAAAGGAGGAGAUUACGGCACGCUCUCAAAUAUUAAAUGAAGCGGAUAUCGUAUGUACGACGCUCGGCAGCUGCCCAAUACUUGCAUCGUAUUCGCUCGACAUACAGUUCAACGUGUGCAUAAUCGACGAGGCUACGCAAUGCACGGAAUUGUGUACGCUGCUACCGCUACAGUAUAAAGUAUCGAAGCUAGUACUGGUGGGUGACAUCCAUCAGCUGCCGGCAACCGUACUGGACCAGCAAAGUAUUGAGGCAGGGUUCCGAAAGUCGCUAUUUUCACGCAUCUAUCAAUCGUACAUAGAUAAGCAGAAGAUGGACGAGUUAAAGGUACUUACGACACAGUAUCGUAUGCAUCCGGACAUAUGCCAUUGGCCCAACGAGUACUUCUACCAGCGUCAGUUGAAAAGUGCUCCCUGCACAGAAGCACAGCGCAAGGACAUUCCGUUGAAGCCGUAUAUGGUGAUAAGUCUCAGCUACGAUCAAGAACUGACACAGGCUCAGUACGAAAUCUACAACAAGGACGAAAUUCGUUUCGUCGUCGGAUUAGUGAAAAAGAUCGUGGCUUGCUGCAGUAACCGUGCGUCCGUGGCAAUAAUAACACCCUACGCACGGCACAGAGAAGAACUCAUCCAAACGUUGCGCAAUCUCUCCCUUCAGCGUGUGGAAGUGCAUUCGAUUGAUUCUGUCCAGGGGAAAGAGUUUGACGUUGUCAUAAUUUCAUUGGCUCGGUCGAAUGGAACAGGAUUCCUGGAUCAACCAGAGCGCAUCAAUGUGGCGAUGACACGUGCCCGACAAUGCCUGGUGUUGUGUGGAAACUUCAACAGUCUGCAACACAAGCCUGUUUGGUCAUCGUUGCUAGCGGAUGCACAGAAACGAAAAGUUUACUACCAACUCGAAGAUCAUGACGCGCACGCAUACGGCGAGCAGAUGGUGCAGAACAUCAUGCAACGGCUGCGCAAGAACUGA